UUGCUGAUGAUCGGAAGUUGCUGACAACCGGGCAGCACCUUCUCCUCUCUCCAAAGGCGGAGAGACAGAGUGAGUGAGUGAGACAGAGAGAGAGAGACGCGCACACACACCACACACAGGCGCGCGCGCGCAGCAGACACACCACACACAGGCGCGCGCGCGCGCGCUCCCUCACUCGCAUCCAGCGAGCCCGGAGGAGGAGGAGGAGGAGAGACGGGGGGGAAAGAGGAGAGCUGAUGUCUAAGGGAGUCACUCGGAGGAGGCAAAGCAGCCGGGCGCUCAACUUCUCCGCCUUGCUGCUCAGCGCCAAGCGCCACCGCUGGAAACCGGACGCUGCCGCCGCCGCCGCCGCCGGACUUGACAAGACGGGACCCUCCUUCCUCCCAUGGCCAGGCUGCGGCUCGAGGUUUGACCGCUCGGCCGCUCCCGGGAAGCCACUGGACCUCGCCUCCGCCGCCGCCGCCGCGCUCAGCGAUGUAUUAUUCCCUGCUCUCCGCCUGCACUUGCCUAUGUUUACACUUCCUGCUGCUGUGCAUCCAGGUUCAGGGAGCCACUAGUGCCUUUCCUUGUCUCCAAGCCACCCCAAGGCACCCUGUGCUGCCUUUCCAGUGCUGCCUCCCCAUCCCUAUUCCAUACCUUCCAACUGUACCUAUUUAGCAGAUGUUUGUCGCCGAAGAAAAUGUGGAUUUUCGGAUACACGUGGAAAAUCAAACACGAGCGCGAGACGAUGUGAGCAGGAAGCAGCUCAGACUAUAUCAGCUGUACAGCAGAACGAGUGGGAAGCAUAUUCAAGUUCUAGGUAGACGGAUCAGUGCCAAAGGAGAAGAUGGAGACAAAUAUGCCCAGCUUCUAGUGGAAACAGACACAUUUGGCAGUCAAGUCCGGAUCAAAGGGAAAGAGACAGACUUUUACCUUUGCAUGAACAGGAAAGGCAAGCUAGUAGGGAAGCCGGACGGCACCAGCAAAGAGUGUGUCUUCAUCGAGAAGGUCCUAGAGAACAACUAUACGGCGCUGAUGUCAGCAAAGUACACGGGCUGGUACGUCGGCUUCACCAAAAAGGGGAGGCCCCGGAAAGGACCCAAGACACGGGAGAACCAGCAAGACGUUCAUUUUAUGAAAAGAUACCCAAAGGGUCAAGUGGAAUUACAGAAACCUUUCAAGUAUACGACAGUGACCAAGAGGACUAGGAGAAUACGACCCACCAACCCCAGUUAAAAGAUAGACAAAGACAGUGUCAUGCAAAUGAACUACAAAAGAUAGACUGUUCCAGAGAAAUAUUUUUACACUAAAAAUAAGGGAGAAGCUCUAUUUUUGUACAUUGUGUUGAUUUUUUUUUUAAAAGACUGGAUUGAAAAAGAAAAGAAAAGAAAAACCCACUGGGGAAGCUGUAAAAGAUUUAUUGUGACUUGAAGACAAACAAAAAUGAAUGGUUCUAUUUAAAUUGACUUCCCCCUUCCCCUCCCCCUUCUGUGGAUUGACAUAUAGGUGCUUAAUUCUCUUUUUGGAAUGGGUGACUUUUCCAAGCCAAUCCCUAGAGGGGAACGAGUUCACCUUAAAAUAAGAGUAGAAACCAAAACCACAAACCAAAGAAAACCAACGCUCACCUUUCCCAAAGUCCCCGAAACAACUUGGAUAAUUCUCUGGUGUUGCGGUGAUCUCUUUUUAUUGUCUGCUGCAAUCUUGAACGAGACAAGAUGGUCUGCAAAUCAGUCAUUGAGCUUCCGUAGAGGGCUCAGUACCUCAGUUCUUUGUAACCCUUUCUGACGACAUAAGGUGUCACAGCUCUGUGAUCCUGCAAUUGUUUCGCUCACUUCUGGAGAAUGCUGCUAUCGACCUUCAAAUGACUAAGUAAAAUAACCUAAUACACCAAUGAUAAGGGAAUAUUUUAAAACCAGCUCUAUUAUAUAUAUAAAUAUAUAUUAUAUAUAUAAGCUAUUUAUUUCACCUCUCUGUAUAUUGCAGUUCCAUGAACCAAGUAUUACUGCCUCAACAAUUAAAAAAAGAAUUAUUUAAAACACA